AUGGUUACACAAACGACUUAUACAACUGUUCUACAACAAACUGAUAAGAUGGAAACGCAACCAACUAAUACAACGGCUACACAUCAAACUGAUACACUGGUUACGCAAUCAACUAAAACAACGGCUACACAAGCAACUGAUACAACGCUUACACUAUCGACUGAUACAACAUUUACACGAACGACUGAUACGACGGUUACACAACCGAACCAAACAGAUGUCAUACAAAUGAAUCAAACAGAAGUUACAGUACCGACUGGUACAACCAUUACACAACCAACUAAUAUGUCGGUUACACAACUGACUGAUACAAGGGUAACACAACAUACUCACACAAAUGUAACAGAACAUAUUGUUACAUCGGUCUCAAAACACACUGAAACAACACAUUCACGAUACAUUGAUACAAUAGUUACACCACAACAAACUACUUUAACGGUUACACAACAAACUGAUACAACGGUUACACAACCAACUGAUACAAUGGUUAAACAACCAACUGAUACAACGGUUACACAACCGACUGAUACGACAGUUAAACAAUCAACUGAUAAAACGGUUACACAACCAACUGAUACGACAGUUAAACAACCAACUGAUACGAUGGUUACAAAACCAACUGACACGAUGUUUACACAACUAACUGAUACUACGGUUAAACAACCAACUGAUACGAUGGUUACACAACCGCCGACUGAUACGACGGUUACAAAACCAACUGAAACGAUGGUUACACAACUAACUGAUACGACGGUUAAACAACCAACUGAUACGAUGGUUACACAACAAACUGAUACGAUGGUUACACAAACGACUGAUAGAACGGUUAUACAACCAACUGAUACGACAGUUACUAACACGACUCAUACAACGAUUACACAACCAACUGAUAGGACGGUUACACAACCAACUGAUACAACGGUUAAACACCUAACUGAUACUAUGGUUAAACAACCAACUGAAAAGAUAGGGACACAACUAACUGAUACGACGGUUACAAAACCAACUGAUACGAUGUUUACACAACCGUCUCAUGCAACGGUUACACAUCACACUGAUUCAACAGUUACGCACCCGACUGAUACAACGGUUACACAAACGACUGAUAGAACGGUUAUACAACCAACUGAUACGACAGUUACUAAAACGACUCAUACAACGAUAACACAACCAACUGAUAGGACGGUUACACAACCAACUGAUACAACGGUUACACACCUAACUGAUACGAUGGUUAAACAACCAACUGAAAAGAUGGUUACACAACUAACUGAUACGACGGUUACAAAACAAGCUGAUACGAUGUUUACACAACCGUCUGAUACAACGGUUACACAACCAACUGAUACAACAGUUACGCACCCGACUGAUACAACGGUUACACAAACGACUGAUAGAACGGUUAUACAACCAACUGAUACGACAGUUACUAACAAGACUAAUACAACGCUUACACAACCAAUUGAUAGGACGGUUACGCAACCAACUGACAGGGCGGUUACACAACCAACUGAUAGGACGGUUACACAACCAACUGAUACUACGACAACUCAACUUACUGAUACAGUGGUUACGCAACCGGUUUAUUCAACGGCUACACAGCCGAUUGAAACAGAUAAAAGGGAAUAUCAAUGGUUAGGUAAGCAUCUUAUUAAGUAA